GGCAAAAAACGAAACGUUUCAAAAAACCAUCAUUCUCCGGUACAAUAAGCACCUCCGUACAUUCAACAGUAGCUAAUUUUGAGUAAGAAAGAAGAAUGAGCAGCGCCAAACCAGUAGAAGCCGAACAAGAUUUAUGGGCACGAGUUCAAAAAUCAGCCGACGAUCUCUACACAACUCGCGACACUUAUUUCCCUGUAAACCCACUUGACAAGAUCGCCAAAUUACAGUCUCAAUCUCAGCUUUGUCUCAGUCUACUCGAUUCCAUUCCUCUUGAAGAAAGGAAAACGACAGGGCAACGUGCUGAAUAUGAGUAUUUGAAAGGGAAGAUAUUGGAUGUGUUGCCUGACUAUAGAAAAGAAGCGGAGGACCAUCUAUCAAAAUCGGUCAAGUUAAAUCCAUCUCUUGCGGAUGCGUGGCUUUGUUUGGGUAACUGCAUUUGGAAGAAGGGAGAGUUAUCUUCAGCCAAGAAUUGUUUCCAUCUUGCGCUAAACAAGGGUCCAAACAAGAAGAUUCUUUGUCUUCUUUCAAUGCUUGAAAGAAGAAUGUCUCAAGGUGCCGAAAAUCAGGCUGAGCUUGUAGAGGAAAGCAUUCAACACGCAAAGGAUGCUAUUUCUUUAGAUGUAAAAGAUGGGUACUCUUGGUACAACUUAGGAAAUGCAUUUCUUACAAGUUUUUUCAUGACUGGAGCAUGGGAUCACAACAAGCUUCUGCACUCUUUAAAAGCAUACCAGAAUGCUGAGAAAGAUGAAAGAAUGCUGUCCAAUCCAGACCUAUACUUCAAUUCUGCCACGGUCAACAAAUAUUUAGAAAACUAUGAGAGAGCCCUUAGUGGGUUUGAAGCCGCUGCCUCAAAGGAUCCUAGUCUCAAUGCGUCUGAAGAGGUUCAAAAGAUGGUUAAUCUUCUAGAUAAGUUAGAGAACUCUCUCAAGGGACAAGCUAAAGCUAAAAGACUUGCAUCUCUUGCAUCAUCUUUGGCAGCUGUUAACUUGAAUUCAUCAUUCAAAAGAGCCACUGUUGAUGUGUUGUCUGAUGGCCUCAACAAAGCUGUAGCAAUUGUCGGAAAAGUGCUUUUAUUUGUUAAGCAUGAGAACGUCACUCCUCUAUACUAUUUGGUGUGUGAUUCUAAUCAAACAUGUUUUGUUCUAUCAGUGUACGGCAUAAACAAUGCUGCGAUAAAGGAGGGAGAUCAGCUAACACUUUUGGAGCCUUUUCAUCAUUGUACCGACUUUUCUUGGAAGGAAAAGCGUUACCAGUUUAAAUCAAUUCGUGUGGAUUUCAUAGAGCAAGUUGUUGUCAAUGGGAAAGCUCUCUCACCGCACCAUGCAGUCCGUUCAUCCAUAUUUGCUCAACAUAAACCAUGAACUUUUGAAGUGAUAUAGUCGCUUUGAAGUGAUAUAGUUGUGAAUUUUUUGUGCUCAUAUUGAGGUUUUGUUUAUAUCAUUCAUUCAUUUGAUAUAUUGUAAAUAUAGCAGGAAAAAAAGAAGAAAUGCUGCUAGUAAAAGAAUUGAAUAUUGUAUUAGAACCUUCUUGUUUGAUUUAUUGAAAAUUUCUUGCUUAA